AUGUCAUCAUAUGUUGUUAAACGAGGCAACGUUGUAGUCAAAGAAGAAGGUCUCUUGUCUUUUACAUGGUCUAAGCGAUGGCUGGUGCUUCGGGAACAGACAUUGACCUUUCAUAGGAACGAGCAACAAUCCCAUCAAGCAUUGGCAUUAGUCUUUUUAAAAGAGGUGGAGCGAGUUGAACGAACUGAUAUGCGCGAGUACUGCUUAGAGUUGGUCACCAAAGACAAGACUUAUUUUCUUUCAUUCAAAUCUGACGAUGAAUUGUACUCUUGGAUUGACGAGGUCUACCAGCGCUCACCAUUAGGAAUAUCAACUCCAACAAACUUUAGCCACAAUGUUCACGUUGGCUUCGACUCAAACAAUGGUGUAUUUACAGGAUUACCCCGAGAAUGGAAAACCCUUUUGGAAACAUCAAAAAUUACCAAAGAAGAAAUGAGCAAAAAUCCACAAGCUGUGCUUGAUGUGCUCGAAUUCUACACUGAAAACUUGGCACCCUCUCGACAAGAAUCAGCAACAGAAUCAGCCAUGACUCGAUCGGAUUCAGAACCCUCACCGCUAUACAAACCUAUGAAUUCCUCUGCUUUUCGCGCUCCAAACCGCUCUUCAUCCAUGGCAGAUAUGAAUAUGGAGUCAAUUGGUCGUGCCCUUCCUCCCACUCCAGGCGCACAAGGUCGAUCUAGCGCAUCUCGACCCAUUCAUACAAGUGAUACCAACGUUCAUAAUAAUAGUAUGCCAAGAAAUGUGAACGGAAGCCUGGCUCAAAAAGCAUAUAAUGGACGCUCCGAAAGAGGCGAUCGUCCUGUUCCACCACAGCUUCCAAAGAUUCAGGACUUACCACAAGAAAGACCAAACCUAUCUUCUGCAUCUAAAAUCGCUCAAGACAUUUCAAAAGCUUCAUCACCGUCUGAACCCGUGGCACAAGUACGUAAAAAGCCACCAAAGGAUCCUAGACUGUCCACUAUGUCCGAGGCACAGAUUAUGGACAAAUUGAGAUCUGUUGUUUCAAAGGGCGAUCCUACUACUCUUUACGCCAAGAUCAAAAAAAUUGGACAGGGUGCUUCUGGAUCUGUGUUUAUUGCACGCAACAAUGUAACCAACCAUAAAAUCGCCAUCAAACAAAUCGACCUUGCUCAUCAACCUCGCAAAGAACUUAUUGUUAACGAGAUUUUGAUCAUGCGAGAAAGCCAACACCCCAACAUUGUCAACUAUCUUGACAGCUUUUUGGUGCGUGGGGAUCUUUGGGUCGUCAUGGAGUUGAUGGAGGGGGGACCUUUAACGGAUAUUAUUGAUAACAACAAAAUGCUGGAGCCGCAGAUUUCUACUGUUUGUUUUGAGACUCUCAAAGGUCUAGACCAUUUACACAAGCGAAAUAUCAUUCAUCGCGACAUCAAAUCUGACAAUGUGCUUUUGGACUCACAAGGUCAUGUUAAAAUUACUGAUUUUGGAUACUGUGCAAAAUUAACCAACGAUCGUUCAAAGAGGGCUACAAUGGUUGGUACACCGUAUUGGAUGGCUCCAGAAGUCGUCAAGCAAAAAGAGUAUGGCAACAAGGUGGAUGUUUGGUCUCUUGGCAUUAUGGCCAUUGAGAUGAUUGAAGGUGAACCGCCUUAUUUGGAGGAGGAGCCUCUUAAGGCAUUGUAUUUGAUUGCAACAAAUGGUACUCCCACACUGAAAGAACCAGAAAAGAUCACACAACAGUUUAAACAUUUUCUGGGAAAAUGUCUCGAGGUGGACGUGUCCAAGCGUUCUACAACUGAACAGCUGCUAGAGCAUCCAUUCAUGCGUAUUUCCGCCCCACUUAGCUCACUUGCUACACUUAUCAAACGAGUUAAAAAAUAAACUUUCAACUUAUUUGUAUUUGAAAUUG